GGCGCAGUAUUGUUCUGGCCUUGACAAGCGUUGUUCUGACCUCACACCGUAUUUCUACCCCGCGUUUUGUCCUCAUUAUCACCCAUACUCCCACCACAUCACACGACCUCGCGUCAAGAUGUUCGAGCUCAGGCUCCUACUACAGGGCGUCAUCGUGUUCGUGCUGAGCGUGAUACAUCUAUCACCGAUCCCCACUCCUAAACUCAUACAACAUACCAUCCAAUGCGCUCAAUUGGUUAUCAAGUUGCUCCCAUCGUCCAGCCCGGUGCCGACUAUUGGCCCUACCCCAACAUGGACCCCCCUCGUGUACGCGAACACCUCGACGGCUGCCUACAGCGCACGUACCAGUGAUAUACUUCCCGAAGCCGACGACUUGCGGUCCUCCUUCGCUCUGGAAUUUUACAACGGCACCGUCGCGCCUAUGUGGACCUUGACGGCUGCCUACAGCGUGCGCACCAGUUCUAUACUUCCCGAAGUCAACUACUUGCAGUCCUCCUUCGCUCUGGAACUUCACAACGGCACCGUCGAGCCUAUGUGGGAUGUGCGCCACAUGUGGCGGUCUGUCCUCACUGAUCUCCAGUCCCUCAGCACGGAGGUCGUGGUUUUAUGUGUAGUGCUGUUAUGGGUACUGAAGGAGCACCUCCGUGGUGCCCGUGUCCCCGACUGGCUAGAGCUGUCUAACGGUGCUCAACCUGGCAAAGACCGAUUUGAAGGUGUUCUGGGCCCCGGUUUCCCGUACGCGCGCGAUGCCUCGCAGUCGGAGCUUCGCUAUUUCAAGGAUGCAUCCACCUCGACGUCUACCACAUCCUCACCCGCAACAACUCCCGGCGCAUCCACCUCGACGUCUACCUCGUCCUCACCCGCAACAAUCCCCGACGCAUUGUAUCCGUUGAAUGACCCGUCAGCCGAGGCAAGAGAGCCAACACCGAGUGCGGAGCCAGUGAACGUGGAUCCGGUUGCCAUCGAGCUUGAUGACGCGCUGUCGACAGCCAGUACCGACGACGAGGGCGAUAUUUUCGAGGAGUGCAAUCCGGCUGACAACACUGCUGAAGCAAGCCUUCACGACGACGACCUGGACGGUCACGACGAUAGCAUCAACAGCGCUGGGUGUUUCGUCGUCCACGAUGUCCUCGAGAUCGACGAACCGAUGGAGACUGCCUACGACCCGCCGUCGCCCACCCCUGAUCAAUCUGCUCCGUCGCCGUCGCCCACCCCUGAUCAUUCUGCCCCGUCGCCGUCGUCCACCCCUGCUCAUUCUGCUUCGUCACCGUUGCCCAGGUCAAUGCUCAACCCGUGUGCCCCUGCUUUCAACCCGAGAGCCUCCAGGGUGUUGCGCCCAUCGGCCCGGAUUACCCCUACAGCUGCUGACCUGCCAACCGGAACCCUGCAGCAAGCCUCCUUUAGUGCUAACAACGCCUAUGUCGUGCACUACCCUGGGACAUCAAUCUAUCCGGCCGGAGCAGAAUACUUUAAUCUACCACAAUAUCUACCCACACCAUCUACCUUGGCAUCUACCAGUGCAUCUACCAGGGCAUACGGAGCAAACUACCCCCAGUACCCUUCUUACACUUUGCCGACUAACUGGACACAAACUAUGGCACCUAGAGCAAACUACGCGGCGCACACUCCAUGCAGACAAGCGAUGAUCUGGAACACUACCCUGCCAUCCCGACCAAACCACGCGCAGUACACUUCACCUGCACCUGUUGGCUUCGAUGGGCUUCCGCACAUGGUUCGUUGUAAUUCGCCGGAGCCCCUCUAUCACAUGCCGACCGUUGCCUCCGAGCCGCCCCCCACCUAUCCCACGCCGACCAGUUCCUCAAAGCUGCCCUCCACCUAUGUUACGCCAGCCAGCGACGACCCGUCGUCUGAUCUCAUCUAUCACACAUCGUGGAGCGUGCGAGCUACCCCCAGGCUACUGCAGGCUCUGGAUCAAUGGGUACCUCCUACUGGCCUGCCGAUACCAGCUGAGUUUUCCUCAGGGUCUGCGAACGGAAGCGAUUCGCAGGUUUGUAGCUCGACCCACUCGUCUCCGGGGUUGCCAACCCGCCCUCUCGAUGGUGGCAGCUCUGUUCGCCGGCGCGCUACAGACGGAGACCACGUCGAUCAGGAUUGUGCGACGCGGCCGCCAUGGCCGAGUCCGCUGGAUCUGCCUUGCCUGCGCCCGCUUGUAUGCGAUGCCGGUCCGCCUGAGAACGUGAAUCUUCAGCUUGGGACGUAGAAGAUCAAGGAACGACACCUACGGAGCACCCGGUUACCUCAGCAUGCCCAUGCCCACCCCAGUCAAGCGUCGUUGUCUGGGCAUCGCAGCACGGACCAUCGCAGCGCGGACCAUCUCAGCACGGACCAUCUCAGCACGGACCAUCACAUCACGGACUUAGAAGAACGGACUUAGAAGAACGGAGGCCCCAACUCGGUCAAGCUCAACAUCACGUCCUUCCCCGCACCCUCCGGAAGUUGACUAGGGGUCAACCAUCCCUGUGUGGUCGAUAAAUAUCACUAGGUCCACAGUGUUGCACCAUUGUUACAGUUCCUAUACCCUCAAAGUCACGACCUCAGUGACAUGCGAAUUAUACCCAGAUACUGUAGCUAUCCAUAUACCCAUGUAGAGCCACGAAAUCUAUCCGAUAUAAGAGGACCCCUGUCAAUUGGGGGAGAGGCCUGAUCCCAAUC